CAGGUGGUUGUGAGCUCACAGUGGUCAUCCAUGACUUCAUGGCCGGUAACAGUAAUGAACUGACAGUGCGAAGGGGACAGACGGUAGAGGUACUAGAGAGGCUCCAUGAUAAGCCCGACUGGUGCUUGGUGCGGACCACUGACCGUUCCCCUGCCCUGGAAGGCCUGGUUCCCUGUGCCAUGCUCUGUAUCGCCCACUCCCGCAGCAGCAUGGAGAUGGAGGGCAUCUUUAACCACAAAGACGCGCUUUCUGUGUGCAGUAACGAUGCCAUCUUGCCAGGCUCCUCUGCCACCCUGCAGCCAGGUCAUGUGAUGGGCUCCCAGAGUUCCCCUGGGCCAAAACGCACUGGCAACACAUUAAGGAAAUGGCUGACCAGCCCUGUGAGGAGACUCAGCAGUGGUAAAGCCGACGGCCACGUGAAGAAGCUGGCGCACAAACACAAGAAGAGCCGUGACGUCAGAAAGAGCGCAGACGCAGGUUCGCAGAAAGACUCUGACGACAGCGCAGCCACGCCACAGGAUGAGACUCUGGAAGAGAGGGUGCGUAACGAGGGUCUGAGCAGCGGGACUCUCUCCAAAUCAUCGUCGUCAGGAAUGCAGAGCUGUGGAGAGGAAGAGGGAGAGGAAGGAGCUGAUACUGUGCCACUUCCUCCACCCAUGGCCAUCCAGCAGCACAGCCUCUUCCAGUCGGACGCACAGGAUGACAAGCAUUACGUUGAUUUGUGUCCUGUCUUUGUUUUAUCUCAGUUCCCAUACCUCUCCAUCUGACAUCCUCCCUUUCUGGCCUCCCUCCUUUCAUAUCACUUUUCAUUGCUUUCUUUUCCCAUAACCCCCGGCUUAUCAAAAGAUCCAAGAACC